GGUGAAAAGCGAACUUUUUUAGCAUUCGCCUCGAUUGUUCUAGGCACAUACAUCUGCCCUGCCACGAAUUUUUAUCUUCUGGCAGGACCUCAUCAUCCUCGCGGAAGCGCCGCAGUCGUCGCGUCCAGGUCCAGUCGAGGCUGCUGUUUAGCUUCCAGAAGGCGAUGCCAAGCAAGAGCCACCGAGCCAAGCCAUUCACCGGUGUCAUCGUCUUCUCCGGCGUCAAACAGUAUGGGGACCGACUUGCCGGCUUGCGAGAGUACACAGAGUGGCCGUGCGCUUGCCUGGACUCUGUAGCGCCAUCCACUUGGCCAUGCCAGCUGACGCGGGAGGCCACAAGCAGUGCACAGUGUCCAAAGCGCAUGGUUCUUCACAUGCUGUCAUCCCUUACACUAACACGUCCGGGGGUACGGGGGUCGUUGGUGAGUAUCUGCUCAUGCAUAUAUAUCAUCCGUCGAUAACGAGAAGGAAGCUGCUCUCUUCUCCGGUCCAGCGAUUUUCACGAGCGAUCCGGACGCAACGAAGCGGCGCGAGGGGGUAGGAGGCAAUGGUGAGCAAGGCGUUGCCAGCCGCGGGCUAUGGCGAGGACGGCGUGUACCGGAUGCUGCGCCCCGCCGUGCCCAUCGCGUCCGACCCCAGCCUCCUCAACGACCUCAUCUUUUGCCGCUGCGCUCGCGCUGGUCGACGCCGCCAGCGCCGCCGCAUCCACCUCGGUGCUUUCAGACGCCAACGUUAUACUCUACUCCGACCUCAUCGCCGGGGUGCUGGAGACGGAGUACCGCCGCCCGCCGACCAAGCAGAGCGACACGGCCGCGCUGCUGUACUCGUCGGGCACUACGGGGGCGACCAAGGGCGUCAUCCUGACGCACCGCAACUUCAUCGCAGCGGCGACGAUGGUGACGUCGGACCAGGACGCGCGCGGAUACGGGACCAACGUGUUCCUCUGCUUCGUGCCCAUGUUUCACAUCCUCGGCCUGUGCAUCAUCACGCUCGCGCAGCUGUAGCGCGGGACGCCGUCAUAGUGAGGACUAAACACAAUGCAAGGGGUCUUGGUCUGUUAUAUCUCGUAAAAAUUAGGUAAGUUUGAUAUUGCAAUACACCCUUGAGAAUAUGCUUUGCACGUUUGAAGCACGUACGUGUAUUUGCCCCCCGACUCUUGCAUAUGGUACGGGGCCAAAUCGGCUGCUAUAUAUUGAAAGAGUAAAAAAAAUCGCAACUCGCAAGCCAGAUGACUCUGGAUCCAAUCAGCUCCUCGAAGGUCAGAAUCA